AUGGAUUCUGAUUUUGUUGUCUCUUUACAAGUUAUUAAGGAGUUGUUUGGAUAUGGUUUGCCUCUAUGUAAACUAUUACAAAAAGUUGAACUUGAUUUAAAAGAAGCUGUGGACUUAGCUGAAGUGACUGUGACAAGUAUUCAAUGUUUACGUGAUAACAUAGAACAAGAGUUCAAUAAAAUGUUCAGAGAAGCUGAGAAAAUGGCUGAUGUGGUUGGCGUGAGUAUUUCAAUUAAACGUCAGAAUAAAAUUAACAAAAAUCGGCCCAACCUCUGCAUUGAUAAUAUUACACCAGAAAAAUAUUAUCGUAUAACAAUAGCCAUACCAUUUAUUGAUUCUUUUAUAGAACAAUUAAAUGAAAGGUUUUUGAAGCACAAAAAUAUAUUAAAAGGAUUUGGGUGUUUAUUUUCUAAGCCCUUUACUGAAGAGUUUGACAAACUGGUUCAGUAUUACCUAGAUACCGAUCUACAAAUUGUUACAGCCGAAUUACUACUAUGGCACACUAAAUUGGAGAGAAAUAAAGAAGAACCGAAAAAUGCAUUAGAGGCGUUAAGACUGUGUAACAAUGAAAUAUUUCCUAAUAUCCAUCGCCUGAUUAAAAUUCUGUGUACUAUACCAGUAUCUACAGCAACGCCAGAGAGGACUUUUUCUUGUCUUAAAAGACUUAAAAACUAUUUACGUAGUACAAUGACAGAGACCCGUCUUAAUGGACUCACAAUGUUGGCAAUUCAUGGGGAUGUGCCACUAACAGCUGAGGGAGUGGUGGACGAUCUGGCAAAAAAGCCAAGGAAAUUAGACUUUAUAUUAUAA